AUGAGCAUAUUGCUCAUAUUUCCUUUGCACGAAACGAUCCUCACGGGUAAUCUGAACGGCCAAGACGGUGCCAGUACAUUCCACUCUUCAACACUUGGUAGUACUGGCCUUAGUGGAGAAGGGUUUGUUGCUCGAGAUAUUUGCAUACAAGACACGGCUGGGCGAAAGAAGGGGCAAGCGGUGGCUCUUAGAGUGAGCUCUGAUAGAGCAGUCUUCUACCUUUGCCGCAUUGACGCCAAUCAUGAUACUCUAUAUGCAUACAAGUAUCAGCAAUUUUACAGGGAAUGCCAAAUCACGGGGACAGUCGAUUUCAUUUGCGGAGAUGCAACUGCGGUGUUCCAGAAUUGCCAGAUAGAGGGCGUAGACCGUUUAAAGGAUAGAGCAAUGCAAGAGCAAUUAUUCGUAAAGUAA